AUGAACGGCAGCGGCAACCUUGGAAGACAGAACCCCCCUGGAGCGAAAAAUUUUGGUAACUUGCAGCCUCCCAGAAAUCCAUUGCCCCAAGUGACACCACUGGAUGUGACAUCCAAUCUCCCACAGCCGGAGGCAAACGGCUACCCUCCAGUUGUACCGGCUGAUGCUGUGCCGGCUGCUGUUUUUGUACCUCCUGUUGUGCACGUUGUUGGGCAAGCCCCUAAGGAGAUUCAAAAUGCCCCAAGAGAUCCGAGGAGCAAUCCCCAGGCUGUUCAGCGAAGCAGGGAUCCGCGCUUGAACGUGUCGACAGAUCGGUCUCUUCCUGCUCCUGGCUCAAACUCACCUCGCUUUGAUGGAAGGGAAAAGUCGCAGCCUUCGAAGCUUCAUGUCAGGACAACCCAACAGUCUCCAACAUCAAGUCCCAGGUUUCCUCAAGCCUACGCGCAACCUUCGCCUCUGCUCGCAAGUUCUCCAAGCAUGCUUGGUCAUGUACCUGGCUUUCCUCGCCCAGGAGAGGAGCAUCGGACGCAACCGUUACCAAGACUAACGCACGACUCGUCGUUUGAAGCUUUUCUCAAUGGCCAGAAGCGCAGAAAAGUUGUUGAGAAGACCUUCCAUCGACUUUGUUGCUCUCCAGAGUUCAUCGAACUCAUAAGAGUGCUGAAGGAGUUGAAGGCAGCGACCAUUAGCCUCCAUCAAGAAAACAUCAUGCAGAUGAAGUACGGGCUGACGCGGGGAGACAUCGACUUCGAGUACGAGACGCUCUUGUCUUUGAAAGAGAACCUUGCUCACAAGAGCAUGGCGUGGGAAUAUAACUUAGCAAAAGCCUGGCAGAUCAUCGGUAACACUUGCUUGUGCUGCUAUGUGACAGCGGCUGAUUGCUGUGAUCCUUCAGGCAAACCCUUAACUUCUCUCGAUGUAGCCAACUAUCCUGAUGAAGAUAUUGUAAGCACUCUCAAUGUGGCGAACACUUCGGAGGUGAUCAAAGGUUUCGUGUUCCUCGGUGCCGGUGGCCAGAAGAAUGAGGAGGUGGAGAAACCUAUCAUGGUCUCGGAGAUGUCGAAACAGUUUAGAGAAAGGAAGAUGAUUCUCCAGAAGUGGUAUGACGACAACAGGAUAAGAUACAUAUUGAAUCUUGCAAAGGAUGAGCAGGGAAUGGAAAAGAUGAAGUAUCCCUUUGAGUAUGAAGAGGUUGAGCCGGAGACCUCAAGACCGGAUCUUAGGACCAUGCGCAUUGAAAAUGACGAUGACGACGAUGAGACGAUUCGAGUCCUCCGCUUACCUAUGAAAGAUACUAAUGAGUACGAUGUGGAGAAUUCCUGGGAGCUCUUCGAGGCGGCAAGGUCUCCCUUAGCUCUGAUCUACUGGUUGCUUCGAUUUUGUUCUCAUCGCAGCGUCGACCAAGACAACGUCAUCGAGCGAGUCAAGCACAGGAGGCGAACGGCAUUCAGGGAGUACCAGGAAAAAAAUCGUGGGUUGGAGACGGUCUUGAAGGACAAGGAAAUAUGGAUGAGCGGCGUGAAGACAAGAAUCGAGAAAGAGAUCGCCUGCGAAACAGAAGCUCUACCCUUUGAGAGACAUGUGGAGGACUAUCUCAACCUCAAGCGACGAUACGCCUGUAGAAUCUCCCAUGGCUCUCUAGGGAUAUUCGCUGUGGACUGCGGUGGUUUGCCCGGCUCGCCGAUCUUCAGUGACGAGGAGGACCAGACUUAA